GCGGGACAGCGCCAGCAACUGGAGCAAUGUCGUCAGCAAUCCAGAGCGUGACUGCUGCAGCUACUGUAAGAGUUCCGCCCCAUCGCAGCAGCGCUAUGCGCGGCGGCUUGCAGCCGCCGUGGGCCGCAGCGGUCCAAGGCGCGCGGCGGGUCACUGCCGGCUUCGAGCUGACUUGCCAACGCGCCGCCAACGCGCGAAACGCUCGCGUGGCCAAGGUGGCGGCGAGGGCGCUGCAGCCGGAGCAGCAGCCGGGAGGCCGUGCCGCCGAGGGCGCGGCUGCAGCCGCCGGCAGCCAGCAACCUGACCAGCAGGCAGUGCGGCGGGUCACUGUCGCCAACAGCACAGACCUGGCGGCGCGGGGCUCGCCGGGCUCACAGGCCGGAGGCGAGCCCACGGGCGGGGCCCGCACCCAGGGAAAGGAGCAGGCCGACACGGAGGUGACCGAGCACGAGCACGAGCACGGGCACGGUGCUCAGGACGACCGCACGUCGCUGAAAGGGCAUGUCGCAGCCGCCGCGUUGGGAGCUGCGGCCGGCACCGCGGCGGCGGCCGCCGCCGUGUCGCCGGCGACGCCGGCAGCGGCGGCACCCGUCGGUGGCGUUACGGGCCGUGCCAUUAUGGCGGCAGGAGCACUGGGCGGGGCUGUGGUGGGAGACCUGCUGCUGGGCGGCGCGAAGGCGGAGGACGUGGAGACGGACAAAGACGUGGAGCGGGAGAUGGAGGCCGCUGCCGACAAGGUGGUGUACAGGCUGCGCGAGGCCAGGGCCAGCGGCACACUGCGCUCCAGGCGGAAGCAUGACGCCGGCAGUGAGGCAGCGGGUGCCAGUGGCGGCGGCGACAGCGGCAGCAGCGGCGCCAGCUCGGGCGACGGCCACGGCCACGGCGCGGAGACGGGGCAGCGCGACGUGUAGCGGGUGCAAGAAAGCGGUGCUGGGGGUGUGACACAGAUGAGCAUUGGCGCUCGAGUUGCUGCAUGCUGAGGACGUUGGCUGUCGUGGGCUGCGACGCUACAUAUUGCUUUGCUGGGGUUGGCUGGAGGUAUCUUAUGUGUCGGA